CAGCGGACUCCACGGCGCGUCGAGACUGAAAAUCCUCCCGCACGCCAAGGUUUACAUUUAAAGACCCUCGCUGCUUAUUCACCACAUCAGCAGGUUAUAGGCAGUGCAGCUCGUUGUCCGCCAUUUACGUGGUCGUCUGCUCAGGCGUCGGGUGUUUUUUUCCGUGGCCCCGGCGGAUGCCUCACAAAGCUAGGAAAAAAGGACUGGCACUGAAGCACUUUAGCAGGCUAGCUAGCGCGCUAGCCCCUCUUCCUAUGUGAUUCCAGAGAGAGAAGUAUCAGGACAGGAGGUCGUAGUUCAUGGAAGACAAGAAAAGGAAAAAAGACGACAAAAGGAAAAGGGACACCUCUCAGAAGGUUGCAGAGCCAAAAAACAAAGUGUCAGACGCAACCAAGCUGGUAUCGGCCCAGUCUCCUGCCACUCAGAGCAGCUCUGCCUCCCCCAGCCCUGGAUCCACCCCUUCUGCCUCCCCCUCUCCGGCUGCCCCGGGUCCCGGCAGCUCGGCCGCCCAACCCCCGGGCGCCAAUAAUGCCAAGCGCCCGGCGGUGGCCAAUGGACAGACCCCCUCCAGUGCCGGUAGUUCCGGUGGGACCGGGAACGGCGGUAGCGGCGGGGCCGUGGCGCCCCAGCAGCAGCAGCGCUACAUGCCCAGAGAAGUGCCGCCGCGAUUCCGCUGCCAGCAGGACCAUAAAGUGCUACUGAAGAGGGGCCAGCCACCGCUUUCCUCCAUGCUGCUCGGAGGGGGAGGAGGAGGAGGUGGGGACGGCCCAAAUGCAAACAUGGCUGCUGCCUCAGAUUCCAGUGCAGUUUCCUCCUCACUGGCCCUCACCUCAUCAGCUGCUGCUUCUACUACUACUUCUAAUUAUGCAAAUUCCAUGUGGGGGGCAGGCUCAGGUGGCCAGGCCUCCACUCAGGGCAGGGAGAAGGUGAUCGUAGAUGGCAACGACCUGGAGGAGUGGCCUAGCAUCGCCGGUAGUGACGGAGGAGGAGGAGCUUCAGUCACUGUGGUUGGUGUGGGCGGCAGCGGCAGCAGCAAUGGAAUGCCUGUGAAGAGCAGCAUCAGUGCCUCUGGCAACCAGUCCACACCCACUUCCUCAUUCUCUUUGCCCAGUGAAUGUAUGCAGUCGUCCGGAGGCGUGGCGUGGGGGACGACUGCCUCACAUGGUCAUCCUAGAGGGGGGAAUGCAGCAGCCUCUGCGGGGAACCUGCUGCAACAGCCCCCCUCGCUUUCCAAAGCGUCCUCUGUGCCAGGGAGCCAUGAUGCCGAUGGCCCCGUCGAUGGUAGCAGUGGGAUUCCAGGUGCCAACUUCAACCCAAAUGCCAACCCCUCUGCCUGGCCUGCCCUGGUGCAGCAGGACGGGUCCUCCGCUGCAGGGGAUGGGGGUCCGUCUUCCCUCCACCACCAGGGCUCUGGGGGGUCUCUGUCUGCCAACAACCCCACCUCCCAUGGCCCUGGGCUGGGAGGCGGGACCGUCGGGGUGCUAGGGGGUCACCCGACUUUAUCUGUGAAUCAAUCAAACGCCCAUCAGCACCAACUUCACCAAAUGCAAUCCAGAGACAGAGAGGUGGGAGGGGGGAAGUGGGAAAGCGGAUCAGCGGGACCAAAAAUGUCAGGGGAGGAGGGGGUGUUGGACUGUGGUUUGGGUGGAGGAGUUGGAGGGGGAGGUGGUGGAGACCCUGCCUCCUCAUGGAGGGGCCAGCCUUCUUACCCUGCUGCUAACUCCAAAACGGGUGCCUCAAGGACUGAUGGGUGGGGAGGAGGUGGUUUUGGAGCUGCUGAGGGGGAUACUGGGACCUCAGGAUGGGGGUAUCCGGGUCCCCCGACUGGGGGUAAUGCCUGGGGCAGUGCUGGAAGCAGUGGGGGUGGUGGUCAAACCUCCAGGCUAUCUCAGGGAGGGUGGGGGUCAUCAGGAGUGAGUGGGGAGCGGGGGCAGUCAGGUGAGGACUGGAGUGGGAGUUCGGCUGGUGUGGGCGGGGCUAAUGCGGGUGGGGAGCGGAUCAGUGGAGCCUGCAGCAGUAACAGCAGCAGCAGUGGGGGCAGCAUUGCUAGCAACCCCCCUGUUAUCUCUUCCUCUUCCCCUCCUGCCCCCACUACGUCGAGAGCUUGGGACAAUCAGAAGGGAGAAGGAGAUGUUGGGGACUGGGGAGGAGGAGGAGCGGGAGGUCACGGAGGAAGAGGAGGGUCAUUGACCAGCAGUGGAAACUCCCGGAGCGGGUCAGGUCAGAGCGGGCACAGUCAUCGGGUCCAGCGCACUGCGCCAAAUGCUGAAGCUGCCUUACAGAACCUGCUCAACCGGGCUGACCUGGACCCUCGCGUGCUGUCCAACACAGGCUGGGGCCAGACCCAGAUCCGACAGAACACAGCCUGGGACCUGGAUGGAGAAGCAGCAGCAGUAGCUGGAGGAGUAGGAGGAAGCAGAGGAGGCAGCUCAUCAUCAUCAUCAUCAUCAUCAGCUUCGUCCAAACACCCACAGUCAUCUCUUGGUUCCUCCUCUUCUCAGUAUUCUGGUGGUUCUUCUGCCCUGGGAUCUGAUCCAAUGGGUUCAGGGACCAAUCCGUCCUUGGGCCCCUCUGCUGGGUCCUCAGGUGAUGGCUGGGAGAGCAGCAGCAACAGUAGCAGUAGUGGGGCCUCACAGUGUGGUAGAGGACCCCCACCGUCGGGGCCCAACAUGAGGAAUUCGGGUGUCUCACAAUCUGGGCCAAUGACCUCUGGGGCCAGUACAGGGGCAGGAGGACUGGCGCCAGGGCACAGCCAACAAGGGAAGGCUGUGGGUUGGGGCGGAGGAGGGAUGGGUACCGGAGAGAGUCAGGGAGCCAAAGGGUGGGGCAAUGAGGAAUGGAGGGGCAGCCGAGGGGGAAACGCAGGAGGCUGGGGAGAGGUCGGACAACAGGGUAACCCAGCAGGUGGACGCUGGGGAGAGAGUCAGGAAGAGAAAGGGACCAGUGGGUGGAGAGAGAUGGGAAGGGAGGGAGGAGGAGCAGCAGCAGAAGGAGGAGGUGGGUGGGGGUUAGGGCAGCGGGCUGGGGGAGGUGGGGACUGGAGUGAGCGAGAGCCCAAAUCAAACAAUGGCGGAGCUGGAGGAGGAGAAGAUGGUGUGGGAUGGGGGGAGGAGAGGAAAGGCGGAGGAGGAAACUCAGGUGGUGAGUCCAACCUGGGUACGUGGGGGAGCUGGGACAACGGCACCCCUCGACGAGCGUGGGGGGCAGGAGGGGGUAGUGGGGGAGGAGGUGGGAUGGGGGACUCGGGGUCCAAACCCCAUCAGAGCUGGAAUGGAGGAAAUGGGGGAGGAAGCAAAGUGCACCAGAUGCCAAAUGGCCAGUCGGGCUCCGUCAAAGCCCCGCAGGCACCACUGCAACAAUCACAGCCCCGCAAUCAGCACCCACCGCAGCAGCAAGCGCUGGACCAAGGGGCUAUGCAAGGCGGCUGGGGGCGGCAGCCUGUCUCCCAAGCCCAGAAUCAGAACCAAAGCUCAGGCUGGACCUCUGGGCCCAUCCCCAGUGGCCCUGGAGGAGGUGGAGGUGGAUCGGAGCCAAGUGGCUGGGAAGAGCCCUCGCCACAGUCCAUUAGCAGGAAGAAUGAGAUAGAUGAUGGGACAUCAGCAUGGGGAGACCCAACCCAUUACAAUUACAAGCCAGUAAACCUGUGGGAUAAGAACAGCACCCCCAGUGGCCAACAGCUGCCAGUGCAUGGUCAGGCUCCUGCCCAGCAGCAGCCGCUGGGGCCUCCAUUACAGCAGCAGCCCAGUAGGCAGACGUCAGGACUCAGCACCAGGGACGUGAACCCUGGACAUGUUUCUGGAAAAGCUUCAGCUGUGGGUCCAUCAGGCUGGGGCAGCACCUCUCCCACCAGCUUGACCGUCGAUAAUGGUACAGCAGCCUGGGGCAAGCCCAGCGACACCCCUACCGGCUGGGGAGAACCUGACGAUAGUGCAGGCAAGGCUUCAGGCUGGGGCAACCCCUCCCCAAACCCCGUCAAAUCUGGUUCAAAGUCUAUGCAAGAUGGCUGGGGGGAGAGCGAGAGCUCAGUGGCCGCAACCCGUAACUCUAGCUGGGAAGAGGAAGAGGAAGCAGGAGGCAUGUGGAACAGCGCUGGUUCGCAGGGAAGCGGCUCGUCCUGGGGGCAGGGAAGCAACGGGGGCUGGGGACAGGGCCAUGCUGGGAAGAAGGCCAGCAGCAAGGGUCCUCUGAAGGCCGGAUCAGGGGACUCAUGGAUGAACCCCAUCAACAGACAGUUUUCCAACAUGGGGCUACUGGGGGAUGAUCCCAGCGGCAGGAGUAUAGACCUGGCUCCAGGUUCCCUUCAGGACAAGAAGAUGGAUGGAGACAAGAGAGGUAUGGGGAUGAGCGACUACAAUGGAGACAUAAGAAAAGGAGGAAGAGGACCGGGGGUGGCCUAUCGUUCACAGAGUUCCAAAGAGGUGGGCCCUGGAGACGCAGGAUCUUAUUAUGACAAGACCUUGCCUUUCAUCAAUCAGGAUGGGUGCCUUGGGGAGGAGGGUCCUUGCUCUCUGUACUCUCCACCCACUGUCUACAAGUCCCACCCCCUCUACAACCACACUAUUCCCCUUAGACAAGGCGGUCACAACAUGCUAGGCAGCGGUGGAGGGAUGGCACAGUCCAGACACCAGCCAAGUGCGCCACCCAUAAACCCGUCCCCAGGGAUACGAGCGCAAGUGCCUCAUCAGUUCCUGUCACCACAGGUGCCAGGCUCCAUGCUGAAGCAGAUGGCCCCUCCCAGUGGGAACAUCGGGGGUGUUGGGGGAGUGGGCGGGGUCACAGGGGUCGGGGGAGGUGUGUUUCCCCCACAGCUGUCGCCCCAACACAUCGCCAUGCUGAGCAGCAUCUACCCACCGCACAUCCAGUUCCAACUGGCUUGUCAGCUUCUUCUGCAACAGCAGCCUCAACAGCAGCAGCUGCUGCAAAACCAGAGGAAGUUUACACAGAAUGUCCGGCAGCAAGCUGACCCCCAGCAGCUGGCCCGGAUCAUGGCAGUCCUCCAGCAGCAGAGGCAGCAGCAGGCCGGGGGUCUUGGGGGACUCGGGGGCAGCUCUAAACUCUCUCCCUCCCACUUUGCUGGAGGAGCUGGAGGGGUUCCUAAACUGCCCGGAGCCGACUCCCUGCCUCACCCUGGCCUAGGUGGACCAAUGGCCGACCUGCACCAGAAAACCCACAGUGGGUACUCUGGGUUCACUUCUGGAAUCAACCUGUCAGGUCUGGACCUAGGGGGCUCUGUGAUGGGAGGUCCCGGAGGUAUGAAGGACCUGGGGGUACAACAGUCCCGCUUUAAGUGGAUGAUGGAUGGACAUUCUCCUCCAGACCCCUCCCCUCCUGAGAGCACACUCCACAAAAAUGGUCCCAUUACCCCCAUGAAGAUGCCCGGGGGCUCACCUUACUCUCAGUACGACAUGCUGGGGGAGGAGGGGCUGGGCGACACCUGGCAUCGUAACCCCGGAAACAAGAUGGCUUCCAAGGCUUCCACCACUCCCAGCUGGCCUCCUGAGUUCCAGCCCGGCGUGCCCUGGAAGGGAAUCAGCCGUGUUGACCCCGAGUCUGACCCCUACAUGACCCCAGGGAGCAUGAUGGGAAACUCGGGGUCCCCAAGCCUCAACGACACAGAACACCAGUUGCUACAAGAUAACACAGAUUCCACCCCUCCCUUGAACACCUUGCUGCCUUCACCAGGUGCCUGGCCCUACAGUGCCUCAGACAGCCCCCUCAGCAACGCACACAACACUGCAAAGUACACAGAAUACAAGCCCAGCUGGCCUCCAGAACCCAUUGGACACAACAAGCCCUGGAGAGCCAGCCGCGGGAGCAGCCAAACCCAGCUGCCCCGCCCACCGCCAGGGUUAGCCAGUCAGAAGCAGCCAUCGCCAUCCCCUUGGUCAGGGGGAAUCCCACGAUUGGCUGCCAGGGGAUGGGGCGGCGGCUCGAGCACUACUGGCUCUACCUGGAGUGAUGGCAGCUCCCGGGGAAGCUGCUGGUUGGUGCUCAGCAAUCUGACGCCACAGAUCGACGGUUCCACCCUGAGGACCAUCUGCAUGCAGCACGGCCCCCUGUUGACCUUUCACCUCGGCCUGACCCAGGGCACCGCUCUGAUUCGCUACAGCUCCAAACAAGAAGCAGCUAAGGCCCAGAGCGCACUCCACAUGUGCGUUCUGGGUAAUACCACCAUACUGGCAGAGUUUGUGAGUGAGGAGGACGUGGCCCGCUACAUUGCACAUUCCCAGGCUGGAGGCGGGGGGACUUCCGCGGGGUCAGCGGGCUCAACCGCCUCCGCCAAUGGUAACGGAGGGAGCGGCGAGCGUGGAGCAGGAGUUUCCGCCGUCGACGGAGGCUCCACGGUGUCCGGUUCAGGAAACGGAGCACCCGGGCCGUCCAGCUCUGGCUGGCAAAGCCUGGACAUCACCGGCAGCGCCCCUGACCCAACCGUCAGCCAGGGGCCCGGCCUGGGCAUUUUCGCCCAGUGGAGCAGCAACGGGGCUGGGGUAGGGGGAGUGACAGGAGUGGGCGGGGGUGUUGGAGGCAUGGAUGCCGGGAGGCAGGGUCUGUGGGGGGGGAUGGGAGGAGCGGGGUACCCCAGCAGCAGCCUGUGGGGGGCGCCAGCACUGGAUGAUGCUCAUCAGAUGGGGAGCCCUGCCGCGCUGCUGCCAGGAGACCUCCUGGGUGGAGGAGCUGACUCCAUCUGACAGGCUGAAUGACUGACUGACAGACACGCAUACAAACACAAACACACACACACACACACUGAAAAAGGUUCAACCAAUAUUUUAACAUGCGUCCACUCUGUAUUUAUUCAUACACACACACACACACACAUACACACACACACACACACACACACAUGAAUUACCAACUACACUGGUCACAGACAUGCAGAUACGCUGUCUGUCUCCACACACACACACACACACACACACACAAACAGACACACACACACACAUGAAUUACCAACUACACUGGUCACAGACAUGCAGAUACACUGUCUGUCUCCACACACACACACA